CCAAUAAAUUACCGGCAAAAAAAUCAUGUUCUUCAACCUCAAAAGAACGAUCGCCAAUCCCAAACAAUGGAGCAAAAAGAAGCGCAAAUCUCCCUUAUUUGUUCUUUCAAUCUUUCUAAUUUCGCUCCUAUUCUUGUUCUUCUUACCCAAUUACACGAUCUUCUCGACCUCUUCGAAAACCGCAAAUAUAGCCCAAUCCCAAAAAUGCGAUACUCGAUCUUACGAGGAGAAGUUCUUGUGGUAUGCUCCUCAUAGUGGGUUUAGCAACCAGCUUUCUGAGUUCAAAAAUGCGAUUAUAAUGGCGUCUAUUUUGAACCGUACUUUAAUCGUCCCUCCUAUACUCGACCACCAUGCCGUAGCUCUUGGUAGCUGCCCUAAGUUUAGGGUUCAGAGCCCUAAAGAGAUCCGGGUUUCCGUUUGGGAUCAUAUCGUUGAGCUUCUUAGAAGUAUGAGGUAUGUUUCCAUGGCCGACAUCAUCGAUAUUUCUUCUUUAUUGUCAUCUUCGCUCCUGCGAGCCAUAGAUUUCAGGGUUUUUGUGUCAUUGUGGUGUGGUUUGAACAUUGAUUUGGUUUGCUCCAAUGAACUGAAUGCGCUGCCAGCUCUGGUUGAUAGCUUAAAGCAAUGUGGCUCUCUGCUAUCUGGGAUUGAUGUUAAUAUAGAUCGAUGUGUAUUUGCCAUCAAUGAAGAUUGUAGAUCAACAGUUUGGACAUACCAAAAUGGAGUGGAUGGGACGUUAGAUUCAUUCCAACCCGAUGAACAACUCAAGAAUAAGAAAAAAAUUUCGUAUGUUAGAAGACGGAGAGAUGUAUAUAAGGCUCUUGGACCUGGAAGUGAAGCUGAAUCAGCCACUGUUCUUGCAUUUGGUAGCCUUUUUACUUCCCCAUAUAAAGGUUCUGAGCUCUAUAUUGAUAUCCAAAAGGCACCAGGAGAUCCAGGGAUCGAAUCUUUAAUCAACAAGAUUGAAUUCCUUCCAUUUGUCCCUGAAAUUAUAGACUCUGGAAAGCAGUUUGCUACUCAAACGAUAAAGGCUCCUUUUCUCUGUGCACAACUUAGGCUGCUCGACGGACAAUUCAAGAACCACUGGAAAGCCACUUUUCUGGGUUUGAGACAAAAACUAGAUUCGUUAAGGCAGGCGGGUUCUCGACCAAUACAUAUUUUUCUGAUGACCGAUCUCCCUCGAGGUAAUUGGACCGGGAAUUACUUGGGUGAUUUGGCUAGGGAUUCAGCAAAUUUUAAGCUAUAUUUCCUGCAAGAGGAAGAUCUCUUGGUGAUGAAUACGGCAAAGAAACUAUCACUAGCCAGACGUGGUCUUGGAUUUGAAUCUGUUCCUGGCAGUUUGGAUGCAGCGGCUAAGGUGGAGCAUUGCUCCCCUGACAUAUUACCUGAUGUACUCCUGUAUAUAGAGGAAACAGUUUGCAGUUGCAGUUCACUUGGUUUUGUUGGGACAGCGGGUUCAACAAUAGCACAAAGUAUCGAGGUUAUGAGAAAAUUCGGUUUAUGUUCGAGUCCAACUCCGACUGCAUUCUGACAUUUAUUCAUUGAUAACCUACUUGAUAGAAUUUCACCGGUUUGGUUCUUCUGGCAUGUCUAUAUGUGCUCUUUUGAAUUUGAAGCUGAGUCAGACAGACGGACUAGUACGCAAUCAAGCUGUUAUUCGAUGAGCACCCGGUCUCAGGCUAUAAGUUCCAUUUCACUCAUUGCUGCACUAGACCAUUUAAGCUAAGUCAAGGUUGAGUUGUACUUGUUUGUCAAAAGAAAAGGUUUAGGUCCUCCCAGAAGCAAAUACUGUUUUGGUUGUUUUUCAUCAGACUGAUGAGAUGUGAACUGGGACACGGAUGACAUAUGAGGUUAUGUAAGUAUUUGUGCUUCUGGUCAAGGUCAAGUUAUUCGUUCGGACCGAUAAGUCUCAGUUUGGUCUUUUGAUAAACUACACU